UAUUUUCUAAGUAGGCAUUCAGGAUUUGGAUUUAAUAUGUGGCAGGUAUUAAAAGAGGUGAUGUGGCAACCCUACAUACAAAUCAGAUGCCCAUUAAUCCCACACUAGUGUAGAAAGGAAAUAUACAAAUUUUGAUAAGCACUGCUUUUUCUGCUAAUGUCUUUUAAACACUACUCAGGGUUCGACUGGGAUGGCAAGAGACUGGGAUAAAACCUGCUCCCCCCCACCCCUGAUUGUGGCUGCAAGGAGGAACUAAAAGGUACAUGGAACAAAGUUCAUGAAGCCAGAUUUAUACAGAGCAUCUGCAAUUCUCAUUGAAGGACUUUUUGCAUUUUAAUGCAGCUGCUGGUAGUGAAUUUAUCCUAUGUUUUUACGGCAAAAAAUCAUGAAAUGCAAUGUCAAUGGACGGUUUAUUGUACUGACUUUUGCCAUACCGUGUGACCGUUUUUGGCCAUUGAAGUCUGUGGAUAUUUUUUUGCAGGAACACUUGGUGAAAAGUUUUUGAAAUUUUAUUGUGCAUUAUUGCGCAUUAAAACCCAUUAAAACCCUGCUGUUGGUGGACUAAAGCUCUCAAAAUAACUUAAACUUUAUGGUAGACCACUCUGGUCAGCUGAGUAAAGUGUGUUUGAGUAGUGCAGUAGGGUUAAGUAUACCUUAAACCUAUAUAAUGUUGAACAACACCGCUGCAAAAAAACAGCUUAGGUAUGUUGACAAGGGAGCUGAUUCCUGAGGGAUGGCAGUCUUAUAUCUUUGCAUAACAAAAAUGGCUAACUACUACUACUACAUGCUAACUAUUAUCUUACAGCUAAGCUAGGGCUGGCUUCUUAGAAAUUGCAGUCAGUAUUUAAAGAGAACCGUGUCAAAAGGAGCCUAUAUGAGAUGGCAGAGCUUACAAUAGAAGGGUAAACAUCUAGUACCAUGGAAUAUCUGGAAGACAACAAAACAGAGACAUUUGAGGAAGAAGACAAGGAAAGAGAGGAAGAUCAAGUACUGGAUAGUGAUGAAGUACUGGACAGUAAUGAGCUCAAUGACAUGCAGGAAUGUCUUUCACAGACAGACCUAUCAAAUAUUGAUAACAACAGGGCAAUACAGCAAUUGUCUCUGGGAAGUAUGGAAUUUCCUUCCUACACAACAAACUCUGAGAAAGAAGAAAUGCUGCUCGGUCUUGCUGAUAAUUUUUGGCAUCAAUACACACACCUUUACCCUGAUCGGAAACCUCUAUUUAUGUGCCCUCGGAAUGAGUGUGGUGUGGAGAAAUUUGUCUGCACCACUUUGCACCCAACACUACUGCCAUAUUCUGAUCUAUAUGACUGGGACCAGAGUGCCAAGUUUGUGUCUGAGUACUUGACCAUGGAACCUCUUAACCCUCCGCUGGAGCUGCCUCGGAGCCUUUUCUCUUCAACAUCAGUUCUUCAGAAGCAAUCAGGGAAUUGCUUUGACUUCAGUGUCCUGUUGUGCUCCCUCUUGCUGGGUGCUGGAUAUGAUGCUUAUUGUGUCAGCGGUUAUGCAACACGAGAAAUGUGCCUAAUGGAUGAGAAACGUAACAUUUGUCCUCUGUUAAACAAAGUGGAGGAGAGCUCCUGGGAAAUCCCCCAAAAGCCGUUAAAGAAGUAUACUGUGAAGCCCCCUCGUCAGCUGAUUAGUAAGUUUGCAGUACAGCAAGAAGCCAAGAAACAGGCUAAAAUGGAGGAAGCUCUGCGCAAUGAGCAGGAGGAGGAGACUAGGCUUAAGGAGGAUGCAGAAAAGCCUGGCCCAGAUAAUCUGCAUGGGCUUAGAGUGCAUUGUUGGGUUUUGGUUCUCUCCGGAAAGCGGGAGGUCCCAGAGAACUUCUUUAUUGAUGCACUCACAGGGAAAAGUUAUGCAACCAUCAGUGAACCUUUUCUUGGUGUAGAGAGCGUGUGGAAUCAUGAGGACUACUGGGUCAACAUGCAGGAUUGUCGCAAUGGUUGCAAGGACAUGAAGUUUGACCUGGGUGAUCCUGUGUGCUGGGAGUACCUACUGCAGGGUGGUUCAAAGCCUCUACUUCUUAUUCCUGAUGAGGAAGAUGAAGAGGAAUUAAAUGGAGAAACUAUCCAAGAAAAUAAGACAAUUUUCCAAAUGCCACCGUCUUGGGUGCUGCCUAUUGUGAUAAGACCAAAAGAAUUUGAAACACGCUGCCCACAGGGUAGGAAAAUUCUUCAGUACAAAAAGGCAAAGCAUGAGAAAUGGGCUCCAUAUUUGAAAAGAGAUGGACAUGUUUCACGGCUUACUGGUUACCUGGAUACAGAGUGUACUCAGGAAGUAAAAAUUCAAGACUGCUUUCAAAACCGGAAGGAUAAAUUAGAUUUGAGGGAGCAAAACAAAAUUGAGCAAGUCACAACUGAGUAUUUUAUUCCUGGGCGUGCUGACUCUUUAAAAGUUCAUGAAUAUCGGUCCCUGGCUCCAGAGACAGAACGCAGCAUGAUGUUUUACAGUGAAGCUCGUCUGGAUGGUUUGCAGAGACGAGAUGAAAAACCUGUAGAGAUGACUGAAAUUUACCAGGGCCGAGCAGAUUUCUUGUAUUACAGGCAUAUAGUUUUUGGAAAAAGACCCAAGAAGGUGGCAAUAGCUGGAGGACCAACUGAAGCUAACCCUAGACCAAUACUGAAAAUUACAGAGCGAUUCAAUAGAAAUAAAGAGAAACCAGCUAAUGAAGAUGUGGCAGAACGUACCUUUCUCUUAACUGAGGAUCGUAUACAACUGCGUUGUCACCGGAAAGAUGACCACAUCACUACAUCAUAUUGGGAGUUCCUGAAACCAGCCAACCUUGGAGAGAAAGACACACCUAUUGUACUUACCCCUGAAACAUGUAUAUCAUAUCAGGUGGAGCCUUCAGAGAAGUUCAGCAAACAGCUGUAUGUCUAUGAGACACUUGUUACACUGCAGCAGGCAGAACAGAAUUCGAAGGAUAAUGUGAGGAAGUCUGAGACAGAGGUACGUGAGAUACUGGCUACCCGAGCCCAGGAGGAGGCAGACCCUCAGCUUACAAUAUCAAUCUAUGACACAGAAAGAAAUGAGAAAAGCAAGGAAAAAAGAGAAGCCAUGGAGAGAGCUAUACAAGAAGAACGUCAGCGCCGUGCUGUGCAGGAACUUGACUACUUGGCUCCAUUCCUUGCUCAGUUGGGAGAUCCUGAGAAGCUGACACUCUGGCAAGCACAAAAAGUGAAAGAAGAUUGCCUGAGUGAUAUGAAACAAAGGUUGAUAGAAAAGGCAAACCUGAUCCAGGCCCGCUUUGAGAAGGAAACACAGGAGCUUCAAAAGAAGCAGCAGUGGUACCACCAGAAUCAAAUGUCUAUGAGUAAGGAAGAUGAAGAAGCUUAUCUAGACUAUUGCUCUGAGGCUAUGUUCCGAAUCCACAUCUUGGAGACCCGUCUAAACAGACACAAGGAUUUAGCUCCACAAAAAUACCUGGCUUUGGAGGACCGUCUUAACAAGGACCCUCGGCUUCGUGAGCCGUUUUUAACUUCUUAAUGUAGACAGUCUUCACCUUAUCAUUCUAGAUUCUGUACAAGAUAGGUGUGAAUGGUACAUUUGCUUUUUUUUAUGCAGAAGAAAAAAAUGGAUCUGUUGGAAAACCUUGGAGGAAGCAGCCUCUUAAAGAUCCAAUCCACUUGUCUUUAAUAAAAAAUAUUAAGUAAUUUGUAAA